AUGGCGGGAAAGAGCAGCACGUACCAGGUGGUGGGCGGAGAGACGUGCUACGACAUCUACAUGUUCUUCGGCCUCUCACAGGACAGCUUUCUGCAGCAGAACGCCGUGAGUGCUACUGCUGCUGCUGCUGCCCCUGCUGAUGCCACUUCUGCUGCCUCCGCGGCCGCCGCCUCCGCCGCUGCUGCUGCGCCUCUGGUUUCCCUCCUCCAUCGAGUGUUCCCUUCCUGCGUCAUCAAUCCCCCACCACUGCGUGCUCUCUGCGGCCAGACGACGACCUUGAGAGCUGCCGCACUAGAUACCCCAUCUCACUUGUACCCGCCCACCAUCUCACUGGUACCCGCCCCCCAUCUCACUGGUACCCGCCCCCCAUCUCACUGGUACCCGCCCACCAUCUCACUGUUACCCGCCCCCCGUCUCAUUAAUACUCCUCCUCCCCCGUUUCACUGGCACUCCGCCGUUUCACCAGUAGCCCGUUUCACAUGGGCCCUUCACUCUCUCCGCACCGCACUGCACCACACCUUCUUCUUCUCCACCUUCUUCCCUCUCCCUCCCAUUCGCCUCCCUCCUACUCCCAUCUCCUAUCUUCCCCUUCUCCUCCUCUCCCUUUCUCCAAUCAUCUGGCGUUCCACACUCCUCCCAGCAACCAUUUCCCUUCCCGCCCCUCUCCCCCUCUCCCCCUCUCCCAGUCCUUCCGCUCCCUCGCUUGCCCACCCAAUCGCCAGCCCAGAUCCUGGCUUGGCAACGUCUCAGACGCCCCCCUUCCCCUUCCCCUCCACCUGCCACGCCACCCUUCAGGCGUGUGUGGAGCGGGGGAAGAGCAUGGCGGGCAUGGAGGAGCACCGCAUGUGCACCAAGUACCGGCGCGUGGACGUGGGGGACACGUGCGAGAGCUUGAUUGACAGCAACGGCCUGUCGUGGCUGUCGCUGUACCGCCUCAACCCGGGCAUGCUACGUGAUAACCUCAACGGGCUUAUCGACCAAGAGAGUAUUGCUGUGCUGUCCCACUUGCCCGCUCUGCCUCUCCACGCCUCCCAACCCUGGCAGAUCUGUGUGGCAGGGCACCCAGUGGGCGCGGUGGUGUGUGGGAAGCCAGUGCAGGGAAUGAAGAACAGGCGGUACACAAUCUGUGCGGCAGGGCACCCAGUGGGCGCGGUGGUGUGUGGGAAGCCAGUGCAGGGGGUGAAGAACCGGCUGUACACGGUGAAUGCGGGCGACAGCUGUGCGUCGCUGGUGGUGGUGCAGUUCCAGCGCCAGCCGCCACUUGUGCCGCUGCUCAACCGCGGCAAGGAGGAAGAGGAAGGGGGGAGGAGGUAA